AUGCAGCCCCCUGCCGCCACCAGGUUCAUACUGGGCCUCCCGGUCCUGCUGCUGGUGCCCUGGGUCACGGCGGCGGCGGCCGGAUCGGUCGUGGGCGCGGCGAGCAGCCGGCGAGAGACACAUGCUCUCUCUCUUUCCUACAGUUUCAACAUCACAUCUCGGGCCAGGCCUGGACAACCAUGGUGUGAGAUUCAAGGCCUGGUCAAUGGAAACCAGUUUCUUUCUUACGACUGUCGGAGCAAGGAGGUCAAACCCGUUGGUCCUCUGGGGAUGAAGCUGAAGGACACAGCGUUUUGGGAGAGACAAAAGGAAACUCUGGAAGACCUGGUGGAAGAGCUCAGAAGGAAACUGCUGGACAUCAAAACAGGGAUUUUCACUAAGAGCCAUCCUCUCACCCUGCAGGGCAGGCUGAUGUAUGAGUGUGGACCGGACAGACACCCCAGAGGAUCCUGGCAGUUUGCCUUCAAUGAGCAGAUAACCCACCGCUUUGACCCGGAGACCGGAAAUUGGACAAUGGUGCCUCCUGAGGACCAGCGGUUCCAGGGCACGUUGGACGGUGACGGAGAGCUGACCGGCUUCCUCAUGAGGAUCUCAAACGGAGACUGUAAGGGCUGGCUCCAGCAAGUACUGGAGCACUGGGAUGAAAUGCUGGAGACAACAGGUAACUCAGAAGACUGCAUGGAGCGCUGCUUCUCUUGA